GGCCUCUGCGGGAGUCGAGCAAAGAGGAGCACAGCGGCACUGACCGGCUUCCACGGUGACAGAGCAGCAUCACAAAAAUGGGCAACGUCCAACCUACAAUUGUGCCAUUCGAAGAGUUUGAUGUUGUUACUGACAUCAAGGCUAUCCGAAAAGCCUGCAAAGGGAUGGGGACGGAUGAGGAAACCAUAAUUAACAUAUUAGCAAAUCGCUCAUCAGCUCAACGUGUAGAGAUUAAACAAGCCUAUUUUGAGAAGUAUGAUGAUGAGCUGGAGGAGGUCCUAAAGAGUGAGCUUGCAGGAAACUUUGAGAAGGCCAUCAUAGCCAUGCUGGACCCGCCCCACAUCUACAUGGCCAAGGAGCUGAGGAGGGCUAUGAAAGGAGCAGGCACUGAUGAGGAUGUCCUCGUCGAGAUCCUGUGUACCAGCACCAAUCAGGAUAUUUUAAAUUAUAAAGAAGCCUAUGUCCAAUUGUUUGAGCGGGACCUGGAGGCAGACAUCGAAGGGGACACCAGUGGGGAUGUCAAAAACCUGCUGGUCUCUCUCCUGCAGGCCAGUAGGGACGAGACCUACGAGGUGGAUGAGGGGCUGGCUGAACAAGAUGCAGUGUCCCUGUUUGAGGCUGGGGAGGGCCGCUUUGGCACGGACGAAUCGACCUUCACCUACAUCCUGACCCACAGGAACUACUUGCAGCUCCAGGCCACCUUCAAGAUCUACGAGUCGCUAUCUGGAACUGAGAUCUUGGAUGCCAUUGACAAUGAAGCUGCCGGAACUCUAAAGGACUGCUACAUCACUCUCGUGAGGUGUGCCAAGAAUCCGCAGCUGUACUUUGCUCGGCGUCUGAAUGCCGCCAUGAAGGGAGCGGGCACUGAUGAAGACACCCUCAUCCGCAUCAUCGUCGGCCGCUCUGAGGUUGACCUGGAGACCAUCAAGGACAUGUACUUGGAGAAAUAUGACGUCCCUCUGAAGGAUGCCCUCAGCUCAGAGUGUGGUGGUGAUUUCAAAAGGCUCCUCCUCGAGAUUCUGCACUGAGACGCUGCAGAACAGCACCACCUACUGGCUCAGACUGGCUACAGCAGCAACUGAAAGAACUAACUCCACUUACAGCAGUCAGCCUUACUGUCCCCUGACACAGGAAGUGCUUAACAGGAGUGGUGCUGGAUACUUCAGAUCUGUCUGACUUUAAAUCACACUUCAACCUUAGUGUAGUCCAUGUUUAGUCAGGUAGAGAAAUAAGUUUCUGGGUGUUUUUAGUGCACCAUUUCCUUUCAGCUGGGAUGAUGUUCUGGUACCACUAUGCACCGCCACUGUUCACUUCCUGUAGUGGUAGUGAUGCCUUGUUUUAGUACAAUAUGUUUUAAUAUGCAGUCCUGCCUGUCUCCACUCAAGUGCCGACUACUUGGAGUUGUUUUAUGAAAACCAUUCAUAUCAAAUGCAUUUAUCAUAUGAAUCUAUCAAAUCUGGAUGCAUCCAUUGUGUGGGACCAUACAAGAUUCAUCUUUGUCAUAAAC